AAAAGCUUCGUUGUUUCAUAGACAUAAUGCCAAACGCUGAUUCCUUAGUGCUGCCUUCUGAAAUAUACCAAAGGUCAAGCACAGCAUUAGAGACACUAGGUCAACUGUGGAAUACCUCGACGGACGUCAUAAAAGCGAUAACCGAUGUUACAGCUAGCACAUUGCGAUCAGAGCCAGAUUAUCAAACCGUCCAAGCGAUCAAGAAGAAGCACGACCAAGUUCUCAAUUCCCUGAAAUCCGAACUCAAAUGGAUAGAAGACAAUCAGAAACAACUGGACUUCUCGAAAUCCGAUGACAGCGAGAAGCAACUUCGCAUAGCGGCUCUAGAACAGGAACAACAGGAGCUUAGAGCGGAAUCACAAAAGCUUACAGCAAAAGUGAGACAGCUUUUAGAACAAUCAUACACACUGCAGCAUCACCUAGGACUACUAUUAACUUCUUCCGAGGAUCUUUCCUCCGACUAAUUCGCGCACCCACCACACGGCCAUGGUAAAAAUAAAAAUCUGUAUUAUAGUUGGACAUAAAAUGUAUAUUGUUUGAUAAUG